AAUCGUCAUGGCAUCAAAAGAAGAUCUUCCACAUCAAGACACAUCAGCCCGCAAACUUCUUGAUCCGACAACAUCAACAAUCCCUCCCACGGCCACGACACCAGAGACCAUGUUGUCAGGGCAAUCCCCACCCUCUUCGCCCCUGGAUGCACCAAGUCACCUCAAAGCUGAGGAGGAGGCUAAUUCGCCCUCUCCACCCUCGGUGCCCAGUGCCUCCAUGAAACCACCAGCGCUUCCAUUUACGUCGCCCACCACCAUCACAUCUCCUUCUCCCGAUAACAACUCCAAGUUCAGAGAAAGUAUCAUGUCGACCAUGUCUCAGUACUCGGGUUUGCCCAGUGACGAAGCCGCUACCAAGGUCCACAUAUUCUCGUCCAACAAGGUGAGGUAUGUCACUGAUGAAGAUGACCAGCACGAGCGUGAGCGUAAGCAUGAGCAUGACUUCGAGCAUGACCUCGAACAUGACCACGACAAUGAAUCAAUCAAGCUUGGGAAACUAGUCACAAGAACCAGCCCCGUCAAAGAGGAAUCACCCAGUAUGACCUACCUCACCAGCGUUAAAGAGGCCAUUCCAGCCAGAUCACCCAGACGGCCCUUGAGUGUGCCACCCGACAGCAUGCCGCUCGACUUGAGCCACAGCCUCCCGGGCCCAAAGAGACACUCAAUGGUCACGGACAUGAAAAGACGCUCGAUCCAGAUCAACGAUGGCUUGGAGAAACUCAUGCACGACGCCCACUCAAUAACCUCCGAAGAACCAGAAGCGUUAGCCAUUAAACCCACCAUAUCGGCCCAGACCGAACCUAUACCUCCCAAAUCCGACUUGACCAUCACGAAAACCCGCGAGACUAGUUUACCACCACGUCCCACCCUCGACAACAUCCGUCGUGCACGAGAUUUCUCCAACAGCUUGCAAAAACAGAGCGAGUCAGAAAACGCCGAGUCGGACGAAUACUACGACAUCGAACCAGAGAUUCAAACCAAGGCUAAACCAGUGCACAAGGCCAUCACCCACAAGAAGAAGAAAAAGAAGAAUAAACAGUUGCCCUUCAGCUACACCACCUUGGUCAACUUGUUGCAGAGCAUGAACGGGACCGUGAUCGGCGAGGAGUUUAACCAGUUGCACAUCCCUGCCCAGGAGAAACAGUUGAUUUCGCAAAUCAUUGACUCGUUAAGUAAGUUGACUUCAGAUAUGAUUUUGGAUGAGACAAGGUACGAAAUUGGCAUAAAACGAUUACAAUUGGCUUUGAAUGUUUUGGAAGGGUUUACGUAGCCUGUUUAUACUACAAAUAUAGGAUUAUGUUAUUCUAAUAUGUAAGAGAUUCUAUCAACUCUUCUCCAACUGUAAAUAACUUAUAAAACUAUUGCCGAUCCGUUCAAGCAACUCUUCAAGGAUGUUCCCGCUGAUCAAAAAGUCAUAGUUCAACUUGAACAAAGCAACACUGGUGUCGUUCUUCUUGGUCUGUUCCAAGUCAUUAAUACUCUUGAAGAUCAACUCAAAUAACUUCUUAAACUUGAGGUUCUUGUCGAUCAAGUUAUCCCGAAGCGAUAUCUUGACCAAGUUCCUCUUUUGCUUAUCAAACUUGUUGUUCUUGAAACUUAUAUUGACGGUGAUUUUGUCCUUGAUUAUCUUCUUCAGAUUCGUGCUGGAACUGAUAUGGAAAAUGAACUGGAUCGAGUUGAGGGUGUUUAAAGUGACAUCAAAGUUCAACCUCGAUAACCCGUUACUCAAUCGGAAGGUUUGUUUGUUGACCAACUUAUUGAUGGUGGUAAUGGCAUUCAAGAUUGGAUUUAUGGUUUGCAAGUACUUGAUUAUUCCAAUAACGGAUGAUGUAUUGGUUGUGUGCAAAUACCUAUUCAAAUAUUCUAGUAUGAGUCGCAAUUGUGAAUUCUCAGUUGUGGUGGUUAGUUGAAUACACAUGGUGGAUUCUUCAGGAAGGAGGAUAGUCAAGUUAUUUCCAUCAAUGUUGAUUGUGAUGUCAUUGAUUGUGUUGGAUACGAUUUGUAUGUGGUUGUUGUUUAAUUGGUCAAGAAUCUUAAUAAGCUUGUUGAAUUGGUUGAGAUUAUUGAAAAGUUUGGAUAGUAAGUUUCGUUCAGUCAUAGUGGCAGUGGAUAAAUUCACCGUGUCUUUAAACUCAAAGUUUUCUUCAAUAAUGGUAAGAUUCAACUGGGAAUAGUCCUCCUGUAUUAUCGACAAGUUUCGCAAGUUUCCAAACAAGGUAAGAUUCAUCUUGUGAUCACUCAACAACUGGAUCUGCAAAAACAAACUCGUGGAGGAGUUAUUAAUUGGCAACAACUCAUCAUUGUAAAUCAUAAUUAACGAUUGAUAAAUAGUUCCCUCGACACUAGGCUUUUCCUUAAUACCAAACUUGGCCAACACUUUACGUUCUUUAUCGGCAUCCACCUUGAAGUACUUAAUAUGUUUAGUUUGCAACUCCUCGAUGAUCAUAUGGUCGAUAAUCAUAUUGGAGCAAAUGGUAGCC